UCAACAGUUUUUUUAAUCAGUUUCAAUUAUUUUUCUAAUGUUUUAUUUCAGCUACGUUAUUCGGAAAAAUUUGACAGCGUUAUAAGAACAUUUAUAUUUAAUCUAACAGAAGAAUAAUUUUUAAGUAAUCUUUAUUUUUAGUGUCCAAUUAAAUUAAAAAUGUCUGAGGAAGACAAAAUUGAAGAUUUCGGUGGUAUAGAUGAAUCUCCCAAAAGAGGUCCUACUCUUUCUACAAGCACAAGUAGUUUUGAACGUAAUGAUCCUCAUGAUCCAAAUUUAAGUUUGUUAUCCACUAAAAUGUUUGAGAAAACAUCUGAAUAUUUAAUGGGUGAACUUCAUAUAACUGAGGAGGACUAUAAAUUAUUGGAAACCAUGAACAAAGUAACUACACAAAAAUAUGCAUCUUAUAGACAAAUUGCAUCAGAUGUUGGGAAACAAAUAAUAGAAUUAAAUGAAAAAUAUAAGUCAUUAGAACCAUAUCUUGCUCAAAUUGAUCAGAUUGAAGACAGUGUUUCAAAGCUAGAACAAGCAGCAUUUAAAUUAGAUGCAUAUGCUAGAAGAUUGGAAGCUAAAUAUAAAAGCUUAGAAAAACGACAAUAGUCUUAAAAAAAUAGAUGUAUCUCCGGCCUGUGAUAAAUUCUACAUAAAAUUGAUUAAUAAAUUAUGAUAUCUAUAUAAUA